AAAGUACGAAACAGCUACACGACCAGCAGUUGGCAAAAGACAUUCGAAGCAAACAUACAUAAGUGUGCUAUCUCGUCAGAACGAAAGCGAACACACGAAUAACCACUAUAAAUAAUUGCAGUGUCACAUAAUAAAAAUUAGUUUUGCUAUAUAGUUUUAUUCAUUUCAAUCUCUAAAAGCGCAAAGUAACGAUCAAGCAUGUUACGUUUGUUGAGAAGUAAUGCGCUGGUCUCUUCCGGUAAAUCUUUAGUUGCCUCUUUGAAUGGCAGCGCAGCCAAGUACUCCAGCCAAGUGCCAGAUCCGCAUUAUAAUCCAGAGAUCCUCUAUACGGGUCUUUUUAUCAACAACGAAUGGCAUAAGAGCAAAAGUGGUAAAACAUUCGGCUCCAUAAAUCCCACCACCGAACAGAAUGUUGCUGAAAUUCAGUGCGCCGGCAAGGAAGACGUUGACAUCGCUGUACAGGCCGCUCGCACCGCUUUCAAAGUUGGUUCACCAUGGCGGCACAUGGAUGCCUCCGAGCGUGGUGUACAUUUGUAUAAGUUAGCUGAUUUAAUGGAGCGCGAUCGUGUGUAUUUAGCGAGUUUGGAAACAUUGGACAAUGGCAAGCCUUAUGCUGUCGCCUAUAAUGUUGAUGUGCCGGCGGCUAUUAAGAACUUGCGCUAUUUCGCCGGUUGGGCUGAUAAGAAUCACGGAAAGACCAUACCUGUAGAUGGUGAUUACUUUGCUUACACACGUCACGAACCCGUUGGCGUGUGUGCACAAAUUAUACCAUGGAAUUUCCCCAUUCUCAUGAUGGCUUGGAAAUUGGGACCAGCACUUGCUACUGGCAAUACCAUUGUGUUAAAACCGGCAGAACAGACAAGUUUGUCUGCGCUCUAUAUUGCGCAAUUGAUCAAGGAAGCUGGUUUCCCAGAAGGUGUAGUGAAUGUAUUGCCAGGUUUUGGCGAUGCUGGUGCUGCUCUAGCCAAUCAUCAUGAUGUCGAUAAGGUUGCGUUCACCGGUUCCACUGAAGUUGGCAAACUGAUACAGCAAGCUUCGGGUCGUAGCAAUUUGAAACGUGUCACUUUGGAGUUGGGCGGCAAGAGUCCAAACAUUGUUUUAGCUGAUACCGAUAUGGACUAUGCCGUAGAGACCUCACACUUUGGUCUUUUCUUCAAUAUGGGACAAACUUGUUGUGCUGGUUCGCGUACCUUUGUUGAAGAUAAAAUCUACGAUGAGUUUGUUGAACGCAGCGCUGAACGUGCUAAAAAACGUACCGUUGGCAAUCCAUUUGAAUUGCAUGUCGAACAAGGACCACAAAUCGAUCAAGAUCAACUGCAUCGUAUACUCGGCUUAAUUGAACAGGGUAAAAACGAAGGCGCCAAAUUGGUUGCUGGCGGAAGUCGCGCCUCUCACUUGCCUGGCUACUUUGUUGAGCCGACUGUAUUCGCCGAUGUGCACGAUCACAUGACAAUUGCACGCGAUGAAAUCUUCGGACCCGUACAACAGCUCAUUCGUUUCAAGUCUUUGGAUGAGGUAAUUGAACGUGCCAAUAAAUCUGAUUAUGGUUUGGCGGCGGCUGUCUUCACACGUGAUAUCGAUAAGGCUAACUACAUCGUGCAGGGCCUGCGCGCCGGUACCGUCUGGGUAAACACAUACAACGCAUUGAUGGCACAAGCGCCCUUCGGUGGCUACAAGAUGUCCGGUCAUGGUCGUGAAAACGGUGAAUAUGCGUUACAAAACUAUACCGAAGUGAAGAGUGUGAUUAUGAAGAUCUCGCAAAAGAGCUCUUAAAUGGUGAUAUAGAGAAAGUAAAUUUCAACAUUAUCUUCUAUGCUAAUGCUGUCUGCUUAUGUUAUGUUAUUUGUAAUAUUAGUGGAACACAACCGAAGUUUAAUUAAAAGCGCACAGUUUUCUUACAUUGUCAUAGAUUUCAUAAAUUCAAUUUGCUUGCAUAUAUUUAAGAAAAACAAUAUUAUCUAUGAGUUUUGGUAAAUCUCUAAGCUGUUUCAGCAUUACCUCACUACAUACAUACUACGUACAUAAUAUGUUUCAUAUAAAUAAAAAAAAUGAAAAUGUA